GCAUUAAAUAUUUCUCUUUCAACAAUUUCUAAAUAACAUCUCUCAAAUCAUCUUGGAUGCAAUAUCUCAGUAUGAGUACUCCUCGUCCAACUCUUGUGUUCUUUGCGGGUGCGUUCGCUGAUCCUUCUUGCUUCGAUCGUGUUGUGCCUUUGUUUGAGAAAGCUGGAUAUUCAUCUGUCUACGUGCGCGUUCCUUCCUGCAAUCCAGAUCCAUCCAAGUUAAACUCGGUCUCUUCUUCCAACGAUGUUUCAGAGGCUCGCAAGAAUGUUCUAUUGCCUCUCAUCGAGGAGCAACACAAAGAUGUAAUUGUUAUUGCUCAUUCUUAUGGAGGGGUCGUUGGAGGAGCUGCUGCUGCUGGAUUGAGUAAGGCUGCCCGUAGCUCUUGUGGUGAAGCUGGUGGUGUCUUGGGCUUGGUAUACUGGGUUGGUAAUAUUGUCUCUGAAGGCGAAAGCUUAUUUGAAGCUAUCGGUGGUGCAUACCCUCCUUUUAUCAAAGUCGGAACCCCAUCUCCGGGUCUUGCAGUUAUUGAACCCGUAAUUCCAAUCCUCUACGCUGAUUGCGAUACGUCUUCAGCACCGGCUCUCGAAGCUGCUAUGAUCCCUCAUGCUUUGGCAGCCUUCGAGACUCCGGCUCCGGCUCCAGCUUGGGCAGAGCCAUCGUUUGAUGGACGUCGUGUCUACAUUCGUACUGCGGAAGACCAGUGCAAUCCAUUGUUUUUACAAGAUAUUUGGAUCGAGAAGAGCAAAGUCUCGUGGGAUAUUGCAGAUCUCAAGACAUCUCAUUGUCCAUUCAUCAGCUGUCCCGAGGAAAUUGUUGCGAAAACCCUUACUUUCAUUGAGAAAUGGACUUAGUUCGAAAAUCAAGAAAGGAUGCAGGGUUCUAUGCCGGACUUAUGAGGAGUAAUAAGGGAUGUUCUAUUGAUUUUGUGGAUUGCUAGAUUUUUCGAUUCAUCUAAUAAAUUGCGAGAGAUCGUUCAAUGAAUGAUUUAUCUUUUUUGAAUCUUUAGGCAGUUGAUCUUUACCAGGAGCCUAUGCAAAGUGAUCUAUAAUGUGGAAGAACUCUAAUCUGUACUUGUCUAUUUUGGUAUAUCAUCGCCGCUAUCAUAAGCAUAUACGACUUGGAUAUGGGAGCUAAAAUGAUGCUUAGAAUUGUGUUACAAGCAAAUGCAAUCACACAAUCACUAUAAUGUAGCGCCUCUAAUUUAACUCAAACCA